AGAGAAGAGGAACCUUUCCCUGGGGGGCCAUGUCGGCUUCGACAGUCUCCCCGAUCAGCUGGUCAGCAAGUCUGUCACGCAAGGCUUCAGCUUCAACAUCCUCUGUGUGGGUGAGACCGGCAUUGGGAAGUCCACGCUAAUGAAUACCCUCUUCAAUACCACGUUCGAGACGGAGGAGGCCAGUCACUAUGAGAGCGCGGUUCGCUUGCGGCCACGGACCUACGACCUGCAGGAGAGCAACGUCCACCUGAAGCUAACGAUUGUGGAUGCGGUUGGAUUUGGGGAUCAGAUAAAUAAAGAUGAAAGGCCGAUAGUAGAGUACAUUGAUACGCAGUUUGAAAACUAUUUGCAAGAAGAGCUGAAAAUCCGCCGAUCCCUCUUCAACUAUCAUGACACAAGGAUUCACGUCUGCCUGUACUUCAUCACUCCAACUGGGCACUCGCUCAAGUCCUUGGACCUGGUGACAAUGAAGAAGCUGGAUAGCAAGGUGAACAUCAUCCCGAUUAUUGCCAAAGCAGACACCAUCUCCAAGAGCGAGUUGCACAAGUUCAAGAUAAAGAUAAUGAGCGAGCUGGUCAGCAACGGUGUGCAGAUCUAUCAGUUCCCCACAGAUGACGAAGCGGUCGCCGAGAUCAACUCCGUGAUGAAUGCUCAUCUGCCCUUCGCUGUGGUUGGCAGCACGGAGGAGGUGAAAGUUGGGAACAAGCUGGUGAGAGCUCGGCAGUACCCGUGGGGAGUGGUGCAAGUUGAGAAUGAAAGUCACUGUGACUUUGUGAAACUGCGGGAAAUGCUGAUUCGAGUCAACAUGGAGGAUCUUCGGGAGCAGACUCACACCCGCCACUAUGAGCUGUACAGGAGGUGCAAACUGGAGGAGAUGGGCUUCAAGGACACGGAUCCAGACAGCCAGCCCUUCAGCCUCCAAGAAACAUACGAGACCAAAAGGAAAGAGUUCUUGGGUGAGCUCCAGAAGAAAGAGGAAGAAAUGAGACAAAUGUUUGUUAACAAAGUCAAGGAGACGGAGGCAGAGCUGAAGGAGAAGGAGAGAGAGCUGCAUGAGAAAUUUGAGCACUUAAAAAGGAUACACCAGGAAGAGAAGAGGAAGGUGGAGGAAAAGAGGAGGGAGCUGGAGGAAGAGAUGAACGCCUUCAACAGGCGGAAAGUAGCGGUGGAAACCUUGCAGUCCCAAUCCUUGCAGGCUACCUCACAGCAGCCGCUGAAGAAGGACAAAGACAAGAAAAA